AUGAAUUCACUGGACCUUUGGGACCCUUCAGAAGUACAAUUCUGCUUUGCUCUGGCGAACAAUUCAUGCCCUAGAAACAUGAGGUCUGGGCUGAGUGCCUGUGCCAUGUAUGUGGUCAUGAUUGGUGCCAUAGUAAUGACCAUGCUGGGCAACCUGGUUGUGAUCAUUUCCAUUGCCCACUUCAAGCAGCUCCACUCCCCCACCAACUUCCUGAUCCUCUCCAUGGCCACCACUGACUUCUUGCUGAGCUGUGUGGUCAUGCCCUUCAGUAUGAUCCGGUCCAUUGAGUCCUGCUGGUACUUUGGAGAUCUCUUCUGCAAAGUCCACAGCUGCUGUGACAUCAUGCUCUGUACCACCUCCAUCUUCCACCUCUGCUUCAUCUCAGUGGACCGCUACUAUGCUGUCUGUGACCCUUUACAUUAUGUCACCAAAAUUACCGUCUCUCUCGUAGGAGUCUUUCUACUCAUCAGUUGGUCCAUUCCCAUCUUUUUUGCUUUCGGCCUAGUAUUCUCAGAAUUAAACAUAAUUGGUGCAGAAGACUUUGUGGCAGCCAUUGACUGUACAGGUUUAUGUGUGCUAAUAUUUAACAAGCUCUGGGGGGUGCUGGCCUCCUUUAUAGCCUUCUUUCUCCCUGGGACAGUAAUGGUGGGAAUUUACAUACAUAUUUUCACAGUAGCCAGGAAGCACGCUAAGCAAAUUGGUACAGGUUCUAUGAUGAAACACAUUGGGUCAGAAAGCAAAAUGAAGGCAUCAACCAAAACAGAAAGCAAGGCCACCAAGACUUUGAGCAUCGUCAUGGGAGUAUUUGUGUUGUGUUGGCUGCCCUUUUUUGUCUUGACAAUCACAGACCCUUUCAUUAAUUUUACAACGCCUGAAGAUCUGUACAAUGUCUUUCUCUGGUUGGGCUAUUUUAAUUCCGCUUUCAAUCCCAUUAUAUAUGGUAUGUUUUAUCCUUGGUUUCGCAAAGCAUUGAGGACAAUUGUCUCAGGAACAAUCUUCCACCCUGACUCUUCCAGCCUAAACAUAUUUCCUGCAUGUGCUUAG